AUGCCCAAUCCACUUGUGCGGCUGGGGAAGGAACUCAAGGAGGCGACGGAGCACCCCGACCCGGAUAUCCACCUGGAACUGUAUGACCCCGCCAAGGGCAACGACGCUGGGCGCAGUAGCCAAGGGGUCGCAUUGCAGUCCUCGCAGCAGCCCGGACUUUACUCGUGGCUGGCCAUUCUCAAAGGCCCACCCGACACGCCGUUUGAGGGUGGCCGGUAUCGCCUGGUGCUGAGCAUCCCGCACGAGUACCCCCUCGUCCCCCCGAAGGCCGCCUUCAUUACGAAAGUGUUCCACCCCAACGUCGAGUUCAACACGGGCAAUGUCUGCCUCGAUAUUCUCAAGAAGCGGUGGUCGCCGGUGUGGACGCUGAGCUCCGUGUGCCGUGCGAUUCUCAACCUGCUGGCAGAGCCAGAGUCGGAUAGCCCGUUCAACUGCGAUGCCGGAAACCUCCUGCGUGCUGGUGACAUGGAGGGCUAUGCGAGUCUGGUGCGGUACUACGCCAUCACCGACGCAGGUGCGCCGCCGUUUGCUGAAGACGAGUAG